ACUUAGCAGGAUGGCGCUUCUGUCAAAUGUAAAUAACAAGAGAUGUUUCAGUUCAAUUAAUCUGAAAUAACUAAUUCAACAACGGCACGAUUUACAACAGAAGCAGCUUAUCGAUAAUGGCGUCUACUUGCAUGAUACUGCGACGCGGUAUCGCGACUACCUGCGUUUGUAAUGGGAAACGAAAUUUUCGGAAAUUUCUGCUGUAUGGCAAACGCGGCAGUCGCAGUUUCAAAGAGCGGCAAGCAAAGAAUCCAGAUCCCGAAAUACCAGUAGAUAAAAGAGGCGUAAGAGAUACUGGAUACAAGCUUGGCAAUAGAUUUAUUCACAUACCAGAGAUGAUUCCUGAAUUAAUUGUUCCUUCACUGGAAGGUUUUACAUUGAAACCGUACGUCUCGUAUAAAGCGGAAGGGAUUACGGAACCCGAAUUCACUGCUCAAGAUUUAUUUGACGUAGUAUAUUCUAAAAAGAUAAAGGAAGACUUUGAAAAGGGUCAGUUAGACGUGAACGGGGAGUCGUUGAAUCCCAGCGAAUACGAAAAGCUUACAUCACAGCAGGCGAAGGAUGAAGCUGCGAAAGUGGGCUGUGAUCUUUUUGACGAGGGAAAACUGUUGUAAGUUGUUAAUCUUUUUAAUUUAUAGCGCUAAUGUAAAUAUGUAAGUUCUUCUGGAUAUGUACCAUGUCAAAAUAAAGGAAACUUGUGUGUAUGUUUGAAACACAUUAAUUUGGAUCUCUCAA